AUGCGGAGGAACAGUCCGGGUUACUACAGUCCUCCACGGAGAGGAUACGGCGGAAGGGGACCUAGUAGAAGAGGUUACGGUGGUGGUGGCGGUGGUGGCGGAGGAGGUGGUGGUAGGCGCAGGGAAAGCAACAAUGGAAGCCUUUUAGUGAGGAAUAUUCCUUUGGACUGUAGAGCUGAGGAACUUCGAGCUCCUUUUGAACGAUUUGGACCUGUUCGUGAUGUCUAUAUACCGAAGGAUUAUUACUCUGGAGAACCUCGAGGCUUUGCAUUCGUUCAGUUUGUGGAUUCAUAUGAUGCCUCUGAGGCGCAGUACCAUAUGGACAGACAAAUUUUUGCUGGAAGGGAAAUAUCUGUAGUUGUGGCUGCAGAGACAAGAAAAAGGCCAGAGGAGAUGAGGCAUAGGACCGGUAGGCCCAGAGGACCAGGGAGCUAUGGGGGGCAAAGGUCUUCCUACCAUGGGCGUUCUCGAUCUCGCUCAAUUUCCCGAUCAAGAUCACCUCCUUAUCAUUCUGGGUCUAGAAGUCGCUAUCGGUCAAGGUCCAGGUCCUUCUCUCCUCCCCCAAGACGGCAAGGUGACUACUCUGUUUCCCCUAGAAGGCAUGUAGAACGCCCUAGAUCACCUAGAAGCCCUCCCAGAAGUCCUCCUGUGGAGCGAGAUGGGGAUCAUAAACACAGGUCGUAUUCUCCAGCUUUUGACAAUGGUGCUGAUCAGGAUCAUAGCAAUGGAUAUGCAGAGAAAUCUAUGUACAAAUCUGAGGCUGAUCGAGGUCAGUGGAAGUCAUCCGGACAAAGAACAUCAAGAUCACCCCCUGGAUCUAGAUCAAGAUCUGCUGAAUUGUCACCUAGACGUGGAAGAUGA